AUGGUCGGCUCCAUGGGCGUGCUCUCCGCCUCGGUCGCCAAGUCGACCGUGACCGAGUUCCUCGGCACGCUCUCCGCCUCCGCGGACGUCCUCGCGCUCGCCAAGGUCGAGGUCGAGCUCGGCGCCAUCCCCGAGGGCAAGAACGUCGUCAUCAAGUGGCGCGGCAAGCCCGUCUUCAUCCGCCACCGCACCCCCGCAGAGAUCGAGGAGGCCCGCCAGGUCGACUGGAAGGCCCUCCGCGACCCGCAGUCGGACGAGGACCGCGUCAAGAAGCCCGAGUGGCUCGUCAUGCUCGGCGUCUGCACCCACCUCGGGUGCGUGCCCAUCGGCGAGGCGGGCGACUACGGAGGAUGGUUCUGCCCCUGCCACGGCUCCCACUACGACAUCUCCGGCCGCGCCCGCAAGGGCCCCGCCCCCCUCAACCUCGAGGUCCCCGAACACGACUUCAACGAGGCCGAGGGCAAGCUCGUCAUCGGCUGA